AUGUCACAAGAAUACACUGAAGCCCAGCUCAAGAGCAUGCCCUUCGUCUCGCUUAGACAGGUCGCAAAGCAAUUUAACAUCAACACCCGCUCUCUGAAGGCCGCGGAUCUCAUUGCGCAGAUCCUAGAUCCCUCCAAGCGCGUGCUCACUAAAGCAGGCCAGGAGCUCGCGCAGCGUGAGACUGCGCAACCGCCGCCGCCUCAAGCCCUUGGCGAAGAGACGCCGCGGCACGCCGCAUCCCCCGAUGGAGCUCAGCCUUCUUCGUCUGCUGCGCCGGCGGUUUUCGACAAACCCGCUCUGCGCCAACUGAUGGCAGAAAGAGAAGCGGUCCGGAUACGAUCCGAGUCGCAACACGGAACCGCCGCGCCUGCGCCGUCCAUGCCCGCCUUUGCCCUGGACGCGGCCAAAAUCCAGCGCCUGCUGCAGAUCGCCUUCGAUCUCCCGUUAGACGGGCCAAAGCCAACGGAUUCGAUUGUAUAUAGCAUCCGCCCGGACCCGUCUGCGGCGGACUCUCGUGCCCCGUUCGUGCCCGGUACGGGGAUCCCGCAGGACGUGACCGACAUUGACUGGGUGUAUGCGCUCCUGCAGCGCCACCCAGCGUGGACGUUCGCGUUCCUCGAGUGGAAGCGCGAGCCAUCGGUGCGCGCGGAGGUGAACGAGGCGUUGUUGAAGGCGAAGGCGCGCGUGCGCACCGUUGCGGAUGCGCUGCAGGACGAGCCGGGCGAGGUGAAGAAGAGCGUCGAGCAACUGUACGAGGCGAUCGGGGUGAUAUUAGAGACGUUGGCCCAACUGAAGCCGAAGGUACAAGAGAGCUUGAGGGCGGCUGGGAUCGACCCGGUCGAGGAGGAGGAGGAGGAGGAGGAGGAAGAAGAAGAAGAGGAAGAAGAGGAAGAAGAGAUGGAAGAGGUGGUGGUAUACCGCCGACCCGUGGCUAAGAAGCGUCGUCGCGAGCCGGACGUUGAGUACGAAUACCAGGAGGUCGUCCGACCGGUCGAGAGCAAGGGCAAGGCGAGGGAAACCGUACGCUAUAUGCCGCCUGCGUCCCCAGCUCGGCUCCAGAAGCGUCGCAAGCCGAUGUACGCGGCUCCGGCAAUAUACGAGUACGAUGGGGUGCCCAUUGCCGGACCGAGCGGGACCAAUAAUCACCACGACGAUGAACAGGACGAGGAAGAGGAGGAAGAACGAUCCCCCUCACCCCCGCCGGUUCCGGUCAAGGGGAAAGGAAAAGCUCCUGCCAAAGGGAAGGGCAAGGGCAAGGGACGCGCGCGGUGACCCUUUACAAAUAACAUAUUCCUCGUACCCUAGUAAUUCUGCUUAACCCAACACGGUGCUUUGCCU